ACAAGAAGUCUGUGUGCCCCUUCCUCUGGGCGUCCUUCCUGUUUCCUGCUGUCAGGUAAUGCCAACCUCGACCCCCUGGACCAGUCCCCCCAGUCAGACUGUGCUCCUCGACCCUAAGCCAGGUCAGACCUCUGAGGAGAGCCCAGGUGCUCCUCUCCCCUCCCUACCAGCCCGUCCCCAGAGUUCUGGCUCUCACUCUUCCGGGAUGAGGAAGUGCUAAAAACAAUGUCUUCCCCGUGCCUCUGGGGUUGCCACUUCUCUGCCCCUUUACCCUCCUCUCCAGCUUAGGGACACCUGGGUCCCACUUUCCCAGGGAAUGUGGGGGUGGGGGGUGGAGAUGGAUGGAGCCCGAUGCCCUAGGUAAGGUGGGUGAGGUGGGAGUGCAGGCAGGGAGAGGCUACGGUGGUUCCGUCUGGGGUGGGACGUGUGUCAAUUGUUUAGAAAAACCACGGCCAGGCCCCGGUUCUGCUUGGCCAUGUGGCUUUUCCAGGGGCAGAGGGGGGCCCCUCCCUCCCCGGGGGCCCGGGCAUGACUGACCUUUGACCCCCACCCCAGAGACCCGUGAACCAUUAACUCCUCUCUGAGGUGAGCCUUCCCACGCUGGUGCCUCCCCCGGCCCCGCCCCCAGGCAGGUGGGCUGGGAGGGGGCUGGUCCGUCGCCGCCCUCCCGCGGACGCGGCCUCCAGUCCAUCCACCUGGGCAGCUGGAGGCUGAGCCUGGCUCCCCUCCGUGCCUCAGGAGCCUCCAAGUGUCCGCGACAAGGCCUCGUGGGGACCUGAGCUGACGGCCCUCACGCUGCCAGGGGGGGGCGCGGUCCUCAGGAUGUUCCGGGGGGAGUAGACGCUGGAACCGGAGCCUCUCACCCUGUCCCCCUGUCCCCCCCCCCGACCAUGGGGCCCCCAGUGGGUCCUCUGCUGGCCGGCCUGUGUGUGGGGGUGGCCCUGGGCUGCGUGGGGGGCUCAGCCCCCGCCCUGGGCCCCGCUGAGCAGGAGCAGAAGCACUACCUGGCCCAGCUGUUCGGCCUGUAUGGGGAGAACGGGACGCUGACUGCAGGGGGCCUGGCCAGGCUUCUCCACAGCCUGGGGCUGGGCCGCGUGCAGGCCCUCCGCCUGGGACACCACGGGCCUCCAGCGGGUCGGGCUGUACUCCCAGCUGGGAACCAUUCCACGCACAGGCCACAGGACCCCGAGCUGAGCGUGGAUGUCUGGGCAGGGCUGCCUCUGGACCCCUUGGGGUGGGGUGACCUGGAGGAGACAGAGGCCCCAGCACCACCCCAUGGGCCAGCCUCCUCGGGCCUGGACCUCUUUCACAGGCUUCUGCUGCUGGACCAUUCACUGGCUGACCAUCUGAAUGAGGAUUGUCUGAAUGGCUCCCAGCUGCUGGUCAAUUUUGGCUUGAGCCCUGCUGCUCCUCUGACGCCUCGUCAGUUUGCUCUGCUGUGUCCAGCCCUGCUUUAUCAGAUUGACAGCCGUGUCUGCAUCCAGGCCCCAGCUCCAACCCCCCGAGGGGAUCUACUCUCUGCCCUGGUUCACAGCACCCUGGCAGUCCUGCUGCUCAGCCUGCCUGCUCCCCUCUCUUUGCUGCUGCUGCGGCUCCUGGGACCUCGACUGUUGCGGCCCCUGCUGGGCUUCCUGGGGGCCCUGGCCGUGGGCACUCUUUGUGGGGACGCGCUGCUACACCUGCUGCCACAUGCGCGGGCCGGGCAGCAUGCUGGAUCUGGCGGGCAGCCAGAGGAGGACCUGGGACCAGGACUGUCGGCGCUCGGCGGUCUCUUCCUGCUCUUCGUCUUGGAGAACAUGCUAGGGCUUUUGCGGCGUCCAGGGCUCAAGCCAAGAUGCUGCCAGCAAAAAAGAAAGGACCUCAGAACUCCAAACCUGGACCCGGAGGACGGCAGUGGGAUGGCCCUUCAGCCACUACAGGCAGCUCCAGAGCCAGGGGCUCAGGGCCAGAGGGAGCAGGACGGCCAGCCCCCAGCAGUCCCGGCCCCUCUUGGGCACGAAGGCCACAGUCACGGAUAUCAGGGUGGCGGUGGCACCAAUAUCACGUGGAUGGUCCUCCUGGGAGAUGGUCUGCACAACCUCACUGAUGGGCUGGCCAUAGGUGCUGCCUUCUCUGACGGCUUCUCCAGUGGCCUCAGCACCACCAUAGCAGUCUUCUGCCAUGAGCUGCCCCACGAACUGGGUGACUUCGCAAUGCUGCUCCAGGCAGGGCAGCCCUUCCGCCGGCUGCUGCUGCUGAGCCUGGUGUCUGGAGUCCUGGGACUGGGGGGUGCAGCCCUGGGGGUGGGGCUCAGCCUGGGCCCUGUCCCCCUCACUCCCUGGGUGUUUGGGGUCACUGCUGGGGUCUUCCUCUAUGUGGCCCUUGUGGACAUGGUGAGGUGUGGGGCAGUGCAGAGAAACCAAGGGGAGCGGGGUGGGAGUGGAGGAGAGGGCAGGAGCAGCCCCUCCACCUCCACCGGUGGCCACCCGCAAGGGCGCUGGGCCACAGGCCUGCAAGCAUCUGAGAAGCAAGGGCGCGGGAAAGCUUGGGCGGGGGCCUGUGCAGGGUUGCUCACCGCUCCCUGUGCUGUUUCAGGACCAGAGACCAGGCCAGGAUCCUGACGCUGUUCUUUUCUUUCAGCUACCAGCCCUGCUCCGUCCCCCGGAGCCCCUGCCUGCGCUGCGCGUGCUGCUGCAGGGGCUGGGGCUGCUCCUGGGGGGCGGCCUCAUGGUCACCAUAGCCCUGCUGGAGGAGCAGCUGGCCGCGGGCCUC